CCAUUUUACCGCCCUGAGGACUCCGGCCAUUCCUUCGAUAUCAUUCAGGUCUCGUACGGUAUCAUUCGCAAACACGACCCCGGCAACACCUCGCGCGGCCGUCCUUUCCGGCACGAAGUAACGAAGCGGUCCAUCGCACCGGCAGAUCCGACUCCAUACCACCAGAGCGCCUCUCAGAGAGGUCUAGUGAUACAGACUCCAGGUCGUACGGCGUCCAUGCCCGGUCGCGGUCAGGGUAGACCAACGGCGAACAACAGGAGGGGGAGAUAGAAGACACCCCGAUUGAUCGCACAGGGCAACAUCCUUACUGAGAUGGCGGCGGUCGCGAAUCAGCACCAACCGCAGCCAGGACAGGCCAAUAAUGCUCGCAAUUCGCCCGCCUCGACCAUUGACUAUUCUCGCGAUGCGUCUGCAUCGGCUUCGGAGACCUCAAUAGCAGCACCACCUCCACCGCCUACCACAGCUCCUGCUGCCAAAGGGAAGGGCAAGGGAAAGAAGGGUAGUGGAGGUGCGACGGAUACCGUGGAUGCUCACAAGGCUCUGCUGUCGAAGAUCGCUUCUUUGGAAGCGACCAACACCGAGGAUGCGCACCAAAAUGCAGAGAUUGAAGCUGAGGUGAAGAAGGCGAAUCGGGAUCUGUCUCAGCUGCUAAAUACUUUGGAGCCUCACAACAGCAAACUGGAUAUCCUGCAGCGCAAAUAUUCUGAAUUGCUCAGCGAGAUGAAACGGACAGAGCGCGAACAUGUCAAAGCAAAGAAACGGGGAGACCAGCUGCAGAAAGAGAAGGAAGAAAUCAGCAAAGAUCGGACAAGGGAGCGUGGGUUGAAGGACAAGCUCGAGAAACUCAGUCGUGAACUACAGAAGGAGAAUAAGAAGCUUAAGGAGGACAUGCGUGACCUGAAAGAGAACUCUGCGAAUCGGAAUGAUGAACUACAUCAGAAGCUGGAAGAUCUCGUGCUGGACGUGGAAGAGGUGGUGUCGGAUCGAAGAUCGCCCGAACGACAAACCGCGGAGCUGGAACAGGACAAAAUAUUCCGGGAGAAGUUCACAGCAUUCCUGCAUCAGUACGAAUUGCGAGAGCUGCACUUCCAAUCGGUGCUACGGACAAAGGAGCUGGAGAUUGCCUACCAUUCCGCACGACACGACCAACUCAAAAAGGCGCAAGAGAGUGAGCUGUCAAAGAGCCACCAACUGACACGACAGGUGAGCACUUUCAGCCAAACGGAGAACGAGCUUAGAGGGCAACUAAACGUCUACGUGGAGAAAUUCAAGCAGGUAGAAGACACCCUUAACAAUUCCAAUGACCUCUUUCUCACUUUCCGAAAGGAGAUGGAGGAGAUGUCGAAGAAGACCAAGCGGCUGGAGAAGGAGAAUCUCAACCUCACGCGGAAGCAGGAAGCCACGAACAAGAACAUUUUCCAAAUGGCUGAGGAGCGAAGUCAAAGUCAGCAGGCUAUUGAUCGCCUCACUCGCGAGAAUGAGAAGCUCAAAAAGCUAUGCCGAGCCAUGCAAACGCAGGGGUAUGGCAGUACUGCUCAUCCACCUGCGCAGCCUGGUGUCCACGACGUUCAUGCCGGAGCAGACGAGUACGAAGAGGGCCUCGAGGGCGAGACCGAGAGCGAGUAUGAAGAUGAAGAGUACGAUGAGGACGACGAUGGAGAGUACGAUGACGAUACUGAGGAAGAGGGUAUCGACGUGCAGCCCAGAACCUAUGGACCACCGCCUCCACCUCCGCCACAGAUCAAUGGCAUGUCUGCGAAGGACUUGCAGCAGCAUCCGCCGCAGGUCAAUGGGAACAUCAACGGCACACGUCACUGA